AUGGCCGGCGCACCUCCCCCCUUAGACGAGACCCAAUGGCGCGAUCCACACACGGCCGCCAGCAUGCAGGGAAUACACUCUAACAGCGUGCUUCACUACUUUGCUGCGUCUCCUUUCUCCGACCCGACUUCGAACAACGCCGUCAUCAUCACCCAGAGCCAGUGGAAUAGGGACAUGCACCAGUACCUGGUGACACGAGACGCCUUCGAGGGUCGGCUGAAGACCAUGUCAGGUCUCGAAUAUAUCGUAGCCCAGGAGCCAUCAGUCAUGGGUCCAGGCGCGGGCACCGGCGUCUGGGUCAUCCGUAAGCAGACGCGCCGGAAGAGGGCCAACGAGGAAGACGAAAUCACUGUGCAUUCCAGCUACUUUGUUGUGGGAGACAAUAUCUACAUGGCACCGACUCUUGCUGACAUAAUGAGCUACCGGAUGGCAACAGUGGAAUCGAAACUGAGGAAAUGCUUCCCGGUUGCGUCUGAAGUCAGUACAUGGUCUCCUGCUGCUGGCCAUGCAUACACAAUUCCGACAACAUCCAGCAAUCCCCGCGAGCGCACCUCGACGUCCAAGGAAGCAACUCCCAUGCCAGAUGGCGAGAGCCACACCAGCAAAGCUGCAGGCGUCUCGGAGUCCAAGAAGCCCGGCCAGUCAACCAUGCUUGAUGCGCGCUUGGCUGAGCAGUCCUUCACAAUCCACAUGCAAUACGGCAGCGAAUACAUGGAUGAGAACCCCAUAACCGGAAAGCCGGGCGAGUUUCAUCUCUCUUCAACAGGAAGAAAAGACCGAAUGGUACAGGCUCCCGGCAACAUGCCAAGUCUUACCACCUCAUUCAAGAGCCCCACGGUACCGGAUCUGGGUGGCAAGAGGGACGUUACCGGCAAGGGAGACAAGACACCCAAGACGCCAACAAGUGGACCGGGGUCUAAGCCGAAGCGCAAGAAGAGCAAGGCUGGGACCACACCUGGUACAACACCGACUGCUUCGUAG